GUUGGGUUGGCGCAGUCGCUCGCCGCGUUUUAUGCAACCAGUCUUCGGAGCGAGUGAAUCUACUCCUCCAGCGUUUGACAGACGAGGAAAGUGUGUGUAGUGACAUUGGUGUCUGUCUGGGUCGCUUCUCGCUGAUCGGUCCUCGUUAAUCGCGCGACCGACUGUCCGGUCGGGACAACCUAUUCCACUGAACCCGGCAUUUUCGUGUUUCUGUCAGAACACGUCCUUGCAAACGUCCGUACUGCGUAUCGCCGCCAGUUGUGUAUGCGCUGCCCUUGCCGGCGACAGAAUGGCAAGGCUUUAAAGGCGGUGUCGGUUGUGUAUUCAACGGCUCCUGGCAUCGUGAAAAAUUUCUUGCGCGGUUAACCCGAUAUGAUUCACGAUUGAAACGGUCGUGGACUCGCGUGUACCGAUCCGUGAGUGCCAGUGCGACGACAAUCGGGCGUGCUAACACGGGUGUAUUAACCUACAUGUGUGUGUGCGUAACGUGCGCGUAGAGGAGAACGCAUACGUGCUGUCAGGUGACGCGAGAGAGAUAGGGCAGCAAGAGGAGAAGGGUGGGAGUACGAAGGCGGCCGUGAAUCAACGAUACGCGGCUACGUUCACGCCGCCGCGUAUUCCACACGGCACAACACGAAACACAACAGGCCACCGUCGUCGGCUGGGGCACACGGGUGGAAAAAGACGCGCACGCCCUACAAAUUAUUACGAAUUCGCAUAGCUCUGACGCGCCUUUUGGCGCGUGUAACCCCCUUGCACGGUCGACUUCUUCGACCUCCUCGUCGCUACUAUGGCGGACGACGAGGUACUCUUCGACGAGGUUUACGAGCUCUGCGAGAUUAUCGGCAAGGGACCAUUCAGCGUGGUUAGGAAAUGCAUUCACCGACAGACAGGGCAGACGUUCGCGGUAAAAAUCGUGGACGUAGCGAAGUUCACAUCCAGCCCAGGUCUAAGCACGAACGAUUUGAAACGAGAAGCCACGAUAUCCCACAUGUUGAAACACCCCCACAUAGUAGAGCUGCUCGAAACCUACAGCUCGGAGGGUAUGCUCUACAUGGUAUUCGAAUAUAUGGAUGGCUCUGAUUUAUGCUUCGAGGUCGUUCGAAGAGCGACUGCCGGAUUCGUAUACAGCGAAGCGGUUGCCAGCCAUUACAUGCGACAGAUCCUGGAGGCGUUGCGGUACUGCCAUGAAAACGACAUAAUUCAUCGUGAUCUAAAGCCGCAGUGCGCCCUCCUCGCAGGCAAAGAGAAUUCCGCGCCGGUGAAGCUACGCGGGUUCAGCGUCGCCGUGCAACUUCAAUCCUCCCAGGCGAACGGCGUCGAGUAUUACACGACCGAGUAUCGGCAGUGUCUGAGCCCAAAGGGGCAGCUCUACUUGAAGGCCGACAACGAGGGUCGUAUCGGAUGUCCACACUUCAUGUCGCCGGAAGUGAUCCAGCGCAGACAGUACGGCAAGCCCGGUGACGUCUGGUCAGCCGGAGUGCUGCUCCAUGUCCUAUUAACCGGAACGCUUCCAUUCGUCGGCUCCCGAGACAGACUGCGGGAAGCGAUUUGCAGGGGACGAGUACAGAUGGAGACGCCGUUGUGGGAUAACAUCAGCGAACCGGCGAAGGACCUUAUACAGAGAAUGCUCACGACGGAUGUAAAUCACAGGAUCAGCAUACAAGAAGUACUCAACCAUAAAUGGCUCAGAGAUCGAGAUAAGGGCGUGGCCCGAAUACAUUUGAGCGAAACUAUAGAGGAGCUUAAAAGGUUCAAUGCUAGGCGAAAAUUAAAGGAAUCUGUGAAAACGGCGAUAUCGUCCGUAAAAUGGCACAUCCCGUACUCGGAAAUCAACGGCGACGGCUAUUUCGAUAUAGGAGACGAUGAAGUGGUUACCACAGGUGCUGUACAGGAAAUUUUAGACUCUCUGGACGAUAUUGAAGUACUUCAAGAGAGUGGAAGACUGACGCGUAGCGAGAUACUUAAUGCGGUCGAGGAUUAUCGCCUUCGAGCUCUUUUAGAGCUUUACGACAGGAUCUCGACAAGAGUUCCAACGCCAUGUCGUGCACCGCCAACGGACGCUGUUCAACGUGCGCGAGAGGUCGAAGAACUUCUUCGAGAGAUAGAGCAUUCGGCGAUACGAAACAUCGACAGGGCAGAUCUUCGGGAGCUCCACGAACUUUUGGUCCAACCACAUAUGAGGGUAAGUACCUAA